AACCCCAUUCUGUCCCGUCUCCCCCUUCAAGUUUCCAUUCCAUUUCACCCUCGCACCUGGAAAGUUCUUGUCUAAAGACUAUUGCUUUCUUAGACUGCUGCUGGGUAGAGUUGGUUCUCUAGCUGAAGCACCUCGAGAAUUUAACUGGGUUGGGAUUGGAUCUUGGGUUAGAGCUACAGGUUCGAGGAAAAUCGGGUUUUUGACUUUGUAGCCGAAGCUAGAGGUUCAGCUUCUUGGUAUUAUCAUGGAUUCUCCUCAGUCUGUUGUGUCACCAUUUAAGAGCUCUGUUGUAGCUGAGCAUGAGAAGCAGAAAUCCGAUUUUUCCACUCAUGGGUCUGGUGGCUUAUCAAAGGGAUCUGAAGUUAACGGAAAGGAAGUUGUAAUGUCUAACCUGGAAAACGUUGGAGUUCUUGAUGUUUACGUACACCAGGCUAGGGACAUCCAUAACAUCUGCAUUUACCACAAGCAAGAUGUCUAUGCCAAGCUUUGCUUGACUAGUGAUCCUGAAUUUGCAGUGUCCACCAAGAUCAUAAAUGGUGGUGGGAAGAAUCCAGUGUUCAAUGAAAACCUAAGUCUCAAUGUCCGAACUGUUGAAUCCUCCCUCAAAUGUGAGAUAUUCAUGAUGAGCAGGGUGAGGAACUAUCUUGAAGAUCAGUUGCUGGGAUUUGCAUUGGUGCCUUUGUCUGAACAGUGAAAGACUCAGACAUGCCAACAUCACUUCCAAAUGAGCUAGACAAGAUUGAGUUCCCAGAUCCAAAAAUUGUGAAUGAGAACCAGAUAAUGGUUUCUGAGUACUUUGGAAUCUCUUGUACCAGUCUAGAGUCAGAAACGUCUGAGAGUUUGGUCACUUCUGAUACUGAAAAUCAGCUCAGUUCAGAAAUGGGUGUUCAUGGGGUGGAAAGCUCUACAGUCAACUCUAUCCAAGCCCCCAAGCUUGAUUCUCCUCCAAGCAGUGUGUCAACUAGUGGGGUCUCUUCUCCAUCCAUUGCUGCUAGCUCUGAGUCCUCCGAUGCUCCAGCUGCUUCAAAAACUACUGCUCAGGAACACAGCUCAGCCCCUAAAGAGAAAACUGCAGAUGUUGGAGAUGGUGAGAGUGAUUCCUCUGGGGCACCAAGUGAUUCAGUUUUAAAGCCUUUUGUUACUGUGAAUAUUGAGCCAGAGCAGAAGGUGGUUCAGCAGGACAUAGUGGACAUGUAUAUGAAAAGCAUGCAGCAAUUUACUGAGUCACUGGCAAAAAUGAAACUUCCCCUUGACAUCGACAAUGGACCAGCUGAAUCUGGGAAUUCAAGCUCCGAGAAGAAACUAGAGGCAUCAAAAAGCCCUGCUUCCCGUGUGUUCUAUGGAAGUAGGGCCUUUUUCUGAGCUUUCGCUCCCCUGGUCCCACGGAAUGGGAAAACACACAGGUGACUAUAGACUUUAGACUGUGGACUGAUCCUAAUAUUUAAUUGCAAUAAUAUAUCAUGUAGUGGUGUUUUCCUUUGUAUGUUUUAAGAUGCUUUAGGUGAGGGGCAAAAUCAUGACUUGUAUUAUUAUCAUCUCUCCUGUUUCUACUGUUGUUAGUAUAAAUGAACCUUUCCUCU